AUGACAGACAAGGAAAUACAGCGGUUCUUUGGAGUCCACACCCCUGAAGAUGGUAAGUCAUUGUAUAAAUCAUGGACGAGUGGUGCAAUGCUGGUAGGUGUAAUCGAGGGGAUAACUGAGCAGAUACACCCGUUACGCUAGUCCCCGCUAGUCAUUACCAGAAAUACUGACUUUCAAUAAGGCAGCCAUCAGUUUCAUAACCCCGAAAAUACAUUGACUUUCAUUUUCGUUGUUAACGAAUUCAUGAAGCGUUUUUGCAUGAAAAUAAAAAUUCAACAGCUAACACUUAAUGUGUUACUAUAGAAACGUGAAGGUGAAGAUGAAGGUGAAGGUCAGAAUAUUGAAUUGUCUUUCUUGAACUCAAAAACGACCCUACUGUCCCUAUAUUAACAAUAUAGAAUUCAAUAACCGUAAUCUGGCAUCAUUAAAAAUUGAAUUUCUUUCUUUCCAUUUGCUCCUAUAUAUUUCUAACAAGUUAACCUUUAAUUUUAGUUGUGGGUGUGUCCUUUUAAAAUAAUACUGAAGGCCUUCUCCCAAAACAGUGAUGAUCGUAUCCUUAGCAUAUCUGGUAACCAAUAUCACAUAUUUCAUACGUCAUUUGUGCAGUUCCCGAGUACCAAAUAACCGAGCCAUAUCAGUCAAAUAAAGAAGGCGACUUCGUGUCUCACAUGCUCCACGAGCGACACACACGCGAUACACAACAUAGUGGCGAGUGGCAUUACAAGAUGGACGCGUUUGGCAAAGAAAUGCAUCUGAAGCUUAGAAGAAACACGCAGCUGGUAAAACCUGGCCUCGAACUGGAAACAAGGCACGCAAAUGGCGAGGUCACACGAAUGCCUCUGAAAUCAGAUUGGUACUUUCAUGGAACAGUGUCCUCGGAUCCAGGGUCUUUAGUAGCUAUUAGCAACGACAAGGGACUGGUGAGUGAUCUUUGUGAUUGAUUUUUUCAUUGGAUGAAAAACUGUCCCCCCACAAUGCAAAUACUUCGGCUAUAAUUCCACAAUCUAAAAAUUUAAAACAUUAUACUACCUACUUCUUCCAAAACAUACACUGAUUCUUGGCCGUCAAGUAAAUGCCACGUCAGGCAAAAGCUUAGAAAUUCAAGCGUACUCUAUCACAAAACUAAGAACCCUUUAGAAACGAAAAUUUGUAUGAAGAUUAGUUUUCAGCUGGUCUAAUGCAUCGUGAAAGUAAAAUCUCGGUAGGAUCGAUAGUUUUUUUAGUUUGAAUUUUAGUGACGUCAUGUGACAGGGGCACCCAACGGCAAUUUUCGGGAAAAUGUCUGUUCGGAAGACGAUUUGAGAUCUAGAAUUUUCGGAGCAUUUGUUGUAAAAUUUCUUGGUUGCCUGCCUCUCCUAGGAUUUUCGAACAUAUACAAAAUGGUAUAAUUACCCAUUUUUAACGUAUUUUGACCCUAAAAAAGGCCACCUAGAAUUUUCGGGAGCCUCUUCCUGGCUGAAAUUUUCGAGAAGGUAACUUUUUAUCCCUAUAAUUUUCGGAUCACUAGACUUUCAGCUAGGAAAUCCGAACAGAUGAAAAGUUUUUAGGGGAUAAAAAUAUGCUUAUAUCUACCGUUUGAAUACUAAAAUACGUUCAACAAUGCUAUGUUAAGUGGUUUUGAACUAUAUCCUCGUUGGGUGCCCCUGAUGUGAAAACCAACAAUACCUUUGACGCUAUUACAGGCGAAACCCCAAUUAGGAUGAAAAAAUGCAGGAAGUUUUGCUCCAACAAAACGGUACCAAACAAACAUUAACUGCAAAGGACCACAAACGAAUUUGCCGCAGAAUGUAGGAUCUAAAGAAGACCUGAUCAGCUAAAAUGUACCAAGUAGACACACUGAAUUCGGCAAUGCUGAUCGUACUACGUGAAAAUUAACUGCGCAAAGUUAAUUUUCACGUAGUACGGUCAGCAUUGCAGAAUUCUAUGUGUCUACUUUAAGCUAGUUAUUCAAGUAUAUAAAAAAAUAGUUUUGAGAAAACUAUAUUCGUCUUUAGACUGGCAUGAUAAGAUUGUCCGAUGACACCUUCUUUGUUCACCCUCUUCCUAACCAUUUGGCAAAUCACGUGGCUACCAAGAGUGGAGCUAAACCACAUCUUGUCUACAGGAAGUCAGUGAAGCAAAUCAAAUGCCACUCUAACACAGGUACAUUAUUUGUCUUUUCCAAAACAAAAAAUCAAGGGUAUUUUGAAAUGUAUUCAGUGAUUUGAUCGAUCACAGAUAAAUUUACUCUUCAAUUGAUUGGUAAUUAAGUCUAUUUUUAUGACACGUUGCAGCAGCGAAGUUGAAUGGCAAAAAUCUAUACUUGAGAUAGAUAACUCAAUUUUGUGAAAUUUUCUUGAAUGAGUGGUUUUCAAACGUGCUGUAAGCUCGAGAUAACACAAUCAGUAGUAUUUCAGUAUCUUCUUUUUCUUAACACAUAUCUCAACCUCCGCUGCAAAAUUUGCCACGUUUUUAUCUCCGUUAGAUUUGUAUGACGGUCUACAGAAGUCUAAAUCAAUCGGCUCCCUCUUGUGUUUUAGACUUUGAUAAAAUGCUCUUCCUCGUUUGUAAAAUAUUACUUCAAAUACAGUACCAUGGAUGGAUGAUGUAUCAGUAUAAUUCAUUAUUGUUAUUUUCAUUCCAUGUGUAGAUUCAAAGUUUGAGUCAACGUUUAAGAUCGAUGAAGCCAGAGAUGAGGGUUCUUCCAAAGCUUCUUCUCACAAGUACUUACAAGUUGGUUUGUUGGCGGAUGAGAAUGUCGCAGCCAAGCAUGGAAACAAUACCGCAGACUUCCUGCUCAUUCUUGCAAACAUCGUAAGAAACAGUUUAAAAAUAAACUUAAUGCGGAUGGAGCUUGUGUUUAUUACGGAUUACUGUUCGUGCUCAACUUAGAAAGUUCACUAGUGCGAACAAUUUUGUUUUUGACAUGUGACAAAUUGGUUUUCGCAUCAGUACACGUCAACCAUUUUAAAAUUGACCAGCUAGUUGCCUAGUUUGCAUGAAGUGACGUUUAGAAGGCUCCUCGGGAACAGUAAUAAUAAAGCCAAAAAAUGAUUAGUCUUCGAAAAACACUUUUUACUUUCCUUUAAUAAACUACCAUGAUAUCUUCAUUGAUUUUUAAUGCAGAUAUUUUAUAGAAUGUGUGAUCUAAUAAUAAUAAUAAUAAUAAUAAUAAUCUCUUAGCACAAUAUUAUAUCACUUACUAUAUUUUGUUUCCUACUAAAGGUUGCUGGCAUGUUUCGCGAUAACUCAAUCGGAAAAAUAAAAGUAACUUAUGUGGUCAGCCGACUUAUGAUCAUCACCAACAAAGAGGUAUUAACUCAGGAUGUAAUUUGCUUUUUAUCUGUCUCUAUGGGCGCUUCCCAUUCAACAAAAAUUACGGUAUAAAAUUUCGGAAACUCCACGUACCAAUGGAACGGUACAUUGCGGUUGCACACACCCGACCCAAGCUACCGCGCGUUUGGUUAUUGUUCAUGUAAGCAGGAUACAAACGAGCGGCACUGGGGACAACAAUUUUGUCAAUUGGAAAAAUACAUUUCGGUCUGACCGAACGGUCAAAGUGGACCACCUUCAAAGCUGGUUUCAAAUAUUCCGGUCGAACCAAACCGAAGUGGUCAGUUCUAUCUGAUUUCUAACCAAAAUAUCCGGAAUUUUGGGCUCAAUGGAAAGCGUCCAAUGUCAACACGUGUUGUUUUCACCUGAGAUAAAAGCCGACCUUUUACGGCGCUACCACUGGUUUCCCCGCGAAAUGACGUCUGAGAAACAAGCACAGAAAUUCCAUACUGAUGACCCGUUACUAACCAAUUCUGAGUAGUUCUUCUGAUUGGUCGUGCCGCGUGGCAAAUGUGCUUCAACCAAUCAGAAGCACUAACCAGAUCUGGGUAGUGACGUGUCAUAAAUAUGGAAUUGCUGCGCUCGUUUCUCAGACGUCAUUUCGCGGGGAAACCAGGGGUGGCGUAGCGAAAUUUCGGCUGUUUUCUUGGGCUAGUGUUGUUUAUCAAUGUGACUUAAUUCACUGUAACUUGUUUCAUAGCUAAAUGUGAACCUAAGUUCAAACAAUUUGGAAAGGAUGGCCAAGCUUAAUGGAUGGAUUGAAAAACACAAGCCUCGUAACAAAAGCGAUCCAGACUAUUUUGAAGUUGCUACACUGGUUCAUGUGUGAGUACAAUAACAUUACUUCAGUUCUUUUGUCUCAUUAUAUCAGUUUACAAACCAUCUGGUGAUAUCCACUUCACCAUUUCAGGCCUUUGGCAAAACAAUUAGAGACAUUACUGAAUUCCACUUUGUAGAAAGGCUGCGGUUUCAGAGCUAGCGGCAGAAGUCCAUAAGUUGGCGGACGUGCAGUUGCAUCUGACAUUUUUUUAUGUAAAGUUCAGUUAGGGACCUUUUACAGAGAUAAGCUGGCGGUCCACCUUUUCAAAUAUGUAUCGUGUAUCAUGUUUAUGUGCAUAUAUGGAUUUGAAUAAAGUAUUAUUAUUAUUAUUAUUAUUAUUAUUAUUAUUAUUAUUAUUAUUAUGACCUUUGAGUCCUCUUGGUCGAGCACAAUAACCCACUGAUAUGCCAAAUUGUUGUGACGUUUACGGUUCUGACAUAUAUAGGACGGGGUUGGCCAAAGUGGGGGGAAGGGUAGUAAUAUACCAACAUACCACGGAAAAAUUGGCAAAAUACUCCCAAACUGCCACAAACUUUUUCUUCGGUUUUUACCCAAAAUUACUGUAAGACAUGUACUAUAGUGAAGCCUGAAAAUAUUGCGCAAUUGAUCUGAAAAUGCUGUAAACUGAAUUUAAAAUAUCUCCUGGUCGACCAAAUUCAGCAAGAAACCACUUUGCACUACCAACUCCGCGGUAUUGCCAGUACCUACGCAUAUCACCCUCGGAGUGGCAGCCAUAAAGAGCUAUUUUAUGCUGUUGAGGCCUAAUGAGGGCGAAGUAGGUGUCCAUGGCUGUCUCUGCCGGGUGACAUGGCUGUGCGCAUGCAUGAAGGACUAGCCAGGCCAUGGGCUGGUGUGGGUGUGUCACUUGCUUCAAGUUUGACCCUAAUCAAAAAUACUAGAAGCUAAUGGGAGCUUGGUUAGGCGAUGCUGAUUGGGACGCCGAUCAGGUAACAUGGAAACAUUUUCUAGAGGCUCAAGAGUUGCUCAACUCCAACCCUCACCAAUAGACCAUACCUAACCUGAUGUAGUGUACUAAUGAAACAAGGAAAUACUCACACUUCCAUUGCUUUCUACAUAAUGUCCUUUAUUAACUAAACAAGUAUCUUUAUCCUAGUACAAAUGAUAAUCUACUUUCACUUAGUAUCAGGACUAUUACAUUCGUGCUGUAUUCCUUUAAUAUCACUUAGUACCUGUAGUUUCACUGAUGUUGGUAAUCGUACUACAGUGAAACCUGUAUUAAGCGGACACCGUAUUAAGCGGACACCUUCUGUUAAGCGGAAGGCCCAAAAUUUAUUUCCCUUAUUUGCUUUAAAUGAAACCUUCAUUAAGCGGAUACCUCUAUUAAGCGGACGCGGACACCUAAAAAGUACCUAGAAUACUCAUUUCUAUUGUUACCAACCUGUAUUAAACGGACACUUGUAAUCAAAUGCCACCACCCAACAUGCCAGACACCGGAAAUGCGAAGAUGGCCUCGAAUUGCCACCCACAAAUUUUUCUAUUUUUACAUUAAAAAAGGUGACUUGACGAACUUAUUUGAUUGGUUUCACUGUACAGUAUUGUUUUCUAUUUCGUUUUGUUUGUAUAGAGCUUGCUUCACUCAUCCGAUUUCUUCAAAUUUGAGUUGCAAUCUAAGUUUAUGAUCAAUUGGACCACUUUGAUAAAGAAAUUAAUGCAAACGUAUAUCGUCAAAGUUUCUGGGAGUAUUCUUAACAUUUCGACUGUUCAUUUGAAUGGCAUUUGACACCUCAUAUGACUUUACCUAUCGAAAACCUGUAUUAGGCGGACACCCUGUAUUAAGCGGACACUACAGCAUUCCCCGAGGGUGUUCGCUUAAUACAGGUUUCACUGUAGUUACUAUGGUAAUCCAUCAGGCACUACACCGAACCGAUUAAUUAAUAACCAGCGUGGCAGUGCCCCUCGCGUUUCGUCUCGCACCCAAAAUCCCCUUUCCCUUCCCUUUCGAGCGCUGCCACGCAGGCUACCCAUUAAUAGGCCUUAUAGCUCCACUGGCGAAGGAAUCUGUGAGUAUUCUAGUGACGCAACGAGCUCAAUCAGCUUUUCUUUUCUUUUCUUUUACAGUGGCCAUCGCGGUGGUAAGUGUCUGUCAUGACUACAAUGUUUCAUUUUUAGUCUACAGAUAUUAAAUGGCAGCUUUCAUCCGUUGAGUUGUAUUUUUGGAGUUUUUCAAUGUUUUUAGGCAAUAAUUCGGCUACUUCUUCUUCAAAAAACAGGUAAAAUUUUCCGCCAUUUUCUCUAGCACUACUUAAACAGCUUAGCGAACUCAACUUAGUCGUCAGGGCUUCUCGGUUGCCGUAAAUUUUUGUCAUUUUAUCCUGCAACACUGAUAUCAUUUUAUCGGAUAUCGCAAAUGUCUUCAAAUUUAGUCAACGCUUGCUGGGUAUUUAACAAUUAUUCCACGAGUGCGCGUUGGAUAUGAGUUGGCUAUAAUCAUCUCACAUUCAACAAGCACGAGUGGAAUCAAUGUUUUAUUAAAAACGCCCACAAAAAAUAGAGAAUUCUCUCCGUCUUUAUUUGUAAAAACAACCGAUUUUCAGCAGACGCGAACAGUUACCAUAGGUAGAGAGCAUGGUAUAAUGUAGUGGUUCAUACGCUAUGACGCGAAGCCAAUCAGAGCUUUAGAAUUGCAUUAUCCAAAGAUUCAGUUUUUAAUGAAGAUUUUGAUCCAGCUUUCUUUAUUAGCUAACCUAUAACAGCCUCACGAGGCUGAAAUUCUUUCUACUUUAAAUGAAUAAUAAGACUAUGACAGUGAUGGGCUGCUGGACCUAUAAUUAUAUAUUGGAAAGUUUUCACGAUGCAAUCACAAGACUGUUUCUUAAACGUGUGAAUUGUAAACAGUCAUGUUUGCAUUUUUGGCGAUUCAACAGUUGCGUUUUAUUUCACGAUAAUAAUAUGUCUCUUUUUUUCAAAGGGAGGGGAUUGUCUGGUGGCCUGUGUUAUCACAGAGUGGUUAGUAACGUAAACGGAUAUGCUGGUUUGCAAACUGCUGGAAUUAUUGCCCACGAAACUGGUCACAAGUGAGUUUCUGUGCUAAAUACGUUAGUGUUACUUUUAUUUCUGGGUGAGCAAACAAGCAUGCUCAACUUCUGUUGAAGCUAAUCGAGGAACAGUUAUGACAAUGAAACUAGACUAUUUGGUCACGAAAUUCAGUCAAAUUAGGAAAUAACAAAAGGCCCUUUAAAUUAAGAGAAACUGCUUAAAACUUUAAAGGAAGCUUAAAAUAACAUAACAGAAACAACAGAUGCCACGGAUGGGCAAAACUGAAGAAGAUUGAAACGGAUUGAAAUUAGGGUUUUUGAAAACUGUUCAGCCCAACAGUUUUUCAAAGUUGAUCCGCUGCUGCUUGCAACUUCAAAAAUUAUGCUCAGGAGACAUAUUUGUUUGUCACAGAUCUCUGAGUUUGUCAUUUACAUCUAAUUUCUUUGCUUAUUUUAAGUUCCAUAGCGAUUGAGGGCGAGUAAUUGGCAAAAUUAAAGAAAAUUAAGUGGACUGCCGUGACACAACCCCUUUGAGGCAAUUAAGCUAUACCCUUAUGAGUGAGCUGUAAUAGCGGAGCGCCACGCGCGCGCAAAGCGCGCUAGCCGGCAUAGCCCAUACCUGGUAUGGGGCUAUGGGGCUUCUUACCCUUGGUAAUGUAUACAUCCAAGAAAUUUUGGUAAUCAUGUGACCGUACGCCCGAACGUCCACACCAGAGGCAUACCAAUGUAAAAUAACUCAAUUAACAGGUACUGGAAAUCCAAAUGCAACUCGAGGUUACUUUUGGCGGGAAAUCGCAUAGCCAUCCGCGUCUUUUGAAGCAAAGACAACUAAAGAGUCAAUAAACACGAAAACCGAAAGCGGAAAUUGUUUCUGUAUCCGUGUUUUGUUAAGUAUUAAGCGUAGCUUAAUUUUUAUGUCCACAGAUCUGGAAUGUAGAGAAAAGAAAGACAGAGAAAAAGAGAACGUAGGCGAUAGGCCAGGGAAUCUCCGUUAAAGAGAAAAAGAGCGACAGAUAUCUAGAGCGAGAGAUAAAAAAACAAAGGAGACAUUUUUAUUGGAAGAACAACAUGAAAAUUUUGUAGCGGCGGUGACAAAAUGAGAAAUGCUAGCGGCCACCAUUAAGGUGGCUAAAUCUAUAUAUUAGAGAAAAGGCCGCCGACUACGAUGACUCGAUUGGACUAAAUUUUUUUUUCGCGUAUGCUCGAAACAUAGACACCUCUUAAAGCUUCAUUUCACCGGUUUUUUUUUACCAGAAAAGUCAAUACGGUCAAUUUUAUUGAAGAUGGUAAAACCCUUUCCAGAUCGCAAAGUGAUAAAGGUUCUAACACUUGAUAACUUUGUUUCCGCCACUACGACAUUCUCGCUAAAGCCAGUAGUAGAUUGACGACAGCUAUCGCGUUUUUCCGCCAAAGAGACGCUGGUACACGCGCGUGCACUUCUUAGUACUAAGAAAAUCUCUUCCUCGUGGUCAUCUUGGUCUUCAAGUCUAAAUUUUUCUAUUUUCUCUUAGAAACGAACGAAAAUUUGACAUAAAUGUUUAUCUCAGUAUGUCCCAAAUUCUGCUAUCCAAGUUCGUUGUUGUUUUAGUUUUGGAGCAGGACAUGACGGGGAUAACAACUGUAAAGAUGGAAUAAACAUCAUGUCAACUUAUCUUACGGGCGGUAAAGGAGCACUUAAAUGGUCCAAGUGCACAUCACAGUUGUUACAAGACUUUUUAAGGUAAGUCCUUAUUAAGCUAGUUUUCUUCCGGACCUGUUAAGGACAGGUUAUCGUUAGCAACUUUCAUGGCUGUUACCUUGGUGGGGAGUAACUCACUGCUUGACAAAUCCUGCCCCAGGAUCCAAGCGCUUACCUUCUUGAGCAAAACGGCAGCAUGACCGAAAUAUUAACUUUAGAGCACUGGUAUUGUAAGCUGGAGGGCCCUAGCCUGUUUCAGGCGUUCAGAUAGUAGAACGAGGGACAAAAUUCACCGUUUUCCCGGGGUACUAUUUAACUCUCUCCUCACCAUCUGGCCACUGCGCUCUAAAUCGAAACAGGCUGUGAGAAAAUCUAGUUUGUCUUCGGCCAGUUACAUUGUGCUCUUCUCACAUACCUUUUAAGUACAAUACUUGAAUGGAUCAAUUGUUAGGUGCAUCUUUUUAGAUACUUUGAAAUACAGGUUGAAAUACCAAUAUCACAGUUUUCGUUGCCCUUUUCCAUUCUUUAAUAUGUUCCAAAAAAAUAUCAGUUUUCCUGCUUGUUUUGUGCGAGAAAUGGUUGCUACAUAAUAAUGUUCUUUUUGGCACAGGGGACCAGGUUCCAAGUGUCUUGAUGAUCCUCCCAGCUUGUCGGUUCCUACGUUAGGAAACAAGAGCCUGGCUGGAAAAUUGCCUGGUUUUCUCUUCAAUGCGGACACCCAGUGUAAAUUUAUAUAUGGCGAUAAGUAUAGACAGUGUCCUGACAGUCAGGUGAGCUGGAUUGAACAGACCAUGCUAUUCAACUAGUUAAAUUAAAUAUCCUCAAGCGGCGAACGCGAAUCAGAAAUCUGUUAUCUGGAUACCUGGAAUAGGAGUCUUCAUCACCCUCUGAGACCUCCCCUUUCCCUUCGAGGGGCAGUCAGUUGGGUCGAGAAAAAAGGUGCCCUCUUCCAGUUACCCAACAAACUGCCCCUGGGUCUCUGAGGAUGGGUCUUCAUGAGUUCUCUUGGAAGAUAGGUCUGACCAUUAUAUUGUACACCAUCCCUUCUUUCAUACUGUAACAUCUAAAUUCACUCAUAGUUCUUUGUAAAACCCCUGCCUUUCGUGGAAAAAUUGGCAAUUAUAUCAAGCCCCUUUAUAGGUUUACUUUUCAAUCAGCCUUGCAUUUCCCAUUUGUCCAGAAAGACUCCUAUAUACCUUACUAAUGAGAGUACGCCUCGGGACGGUAUAGGUCGAAUAUCAGUCAUAUGCAUUGUACGAGAAAAGACCGCACGGAGCUUCCUUUAAACUACAGCUAUUGACCACAGUUUAUAGAGUAAGCCAUCAUGACAACAAAUUCUGUAAAGCAACUUCAGCCACGUUUGUAAAAGUUCAUCUGAGUUGGUUUUGAAAUCGGUCUUUUUCAUCUCUUUCCACUUCCGUGUAAAUAGCUUUAAACUCCAGCCGUAAAUUGUAUAAUAUGUUCCGAAUAUCAGCACCUUAGACCCUUGUAAAAUAAGAACCGUGCUCGAUUGUGUUGAAGACAGAAGUAUUCAGAUAUUUCGAUCAACGUUGUCGGAUUUUCAGGCCUCAAGAUCGCAAGGUCAUUGCGAUAAAAUGAUUUUAAAAACUCACAAACGGUUUUUUUUUUGUCUUUUUCUGACAGAAGAAUCGUGCUUCUUGGCUGUCAGUGAGUUGGGAAUUUUUCAAUGAAAUUUCUCAUUUUGCUUCACCGUCUCAUCGCCUAGGUUUUCCAAUAGAGUUAAUUGAAAUACUGAGCUGUAUUAUUUUGAUAUUAAUGGCAACGUUUCUGUGUUGAACAGUACCAGACAUGUGCCUAUUUGUACUGUGCGAGAGCUUCCAGCGUUUGUAAGACUAUAAAUGCCCCACCUGCUGAUGGAACAAGCUGCGGACCACGUAAUGUAUGUCACCUUUAAAGUCUGGUAGUUAUAAAACGUAAUUUUUGUGGAUACUACAAUUAGCCUCCUAUGCAGACGUUUUUGUUUGUUUGUUUUUUUUUUGGCUCUUCAAGCAAUCUUCUCCUUCUCCAAGGCGGCGAAUAGGCUGAUUUAGCAACAGAACGGGAACGUCAGUUGACGACGGCGCGUGCAAAUCAAACAACUUGCUUGACCAAUGGCAGAGCGGCAAAUUGGGCACCGGAAGUCGAGUUUAGUCCUUUCCGUACGCCUUCCCGUUGUGUUGCUAACGCGGGACGGGGCCCGGUGAAAGUCUACGUGGGAUCGAGGCUAUAUCAGCAUAAGCUGGACGCUGUCUUAAGCCCUGUCUAGUUUUAAACAUAUCCAUACUGUAAUUCUUCCAUCAUGUUUUAAAGUUUAAACCAACUUCAAGUAAGUUGCUUUCACGCGAUCUUUUUUCUUUUUCAGAAGUUCAGAUAAGAACAUGUAUGAAGACAAAAAGUUUUCAGUCUUACAAUAAGAACCGGGACAAGGAGUUGCACCACAUUUUUGCCUUAAGAGUAGUCGACCAUGAUAUGCGUUUCACAUGAAGUAACUGGAAUAAUCAUUCCUACGGCUAUAUGAAAGAAUCAACUUUAGUUUAAAAAUCCUUUCUUAACCCUAUGUAACCAGCCUUAUCUGUGAUGUGUAAAUCUGGAUUUUUAAUCAAUCUUAACCAAACAGUGGUGCAUUAAAGGCAAGUGUGUUGACAACGGAUUACCCAGAAUUAACGGAGGGUGGAGUGAGUGGUCCGAUUACAGUCCUUGUAGCCGAACUUGUGGGGGAGGUGUGCAAUACCGUGAGAGGACUUGUACCAACCCACCGUAAGUCAAUUACGAUCUUGAUUACGAUCCAACAAUUCAUAAAUAAGAGGCCCUUUAGGCUCCAGUCUCAUAAGUAGCGGCGCUGCUAACGUUUGCGGGCGUCUUGUCCGUUCAAGCCUUUUCUUGUAACUCCACACCUUAAGGGUUAAGUCUGACGUAAGGUUUACGUUAGGUUUAAACGUUAGGUAGGUUUGUGCAUUCGGCCCCAGGCCUUUCAGGGUCUAUUGUAGUUCAAUACUGAUUGGACGCAAAGAACGGCAGCUGUUGUCGUUUUGGCUGUUUUAAUAAGUUGUUGUUUUUAACUACAAACCCUCGUCUAGAAUAAAAUAAGCCGACACUUCACAACUUCCUUUCCAUGAACUCCAGUUUACAUGAGUUAACUAAAUAAAUGUUCCAUAAACCGAAUAAUAGCCCGUGUAUGAAUACAAAUACAAAAAAAAGGUGCAGCAAAGAAAUAAACUGAAUAAAUAAACUAAAAGAAACCAAUAAAUAUGGUCAGCUAAACAUGGUUAUAAUUAAAUUUCAGUAAUUUUUUUAAAAAAAUAAAAUUUAAAAAUAUAUUACACUUACUUUUUCAUUUUUCAGACCCACAAAUGGCGGAAAGGAAUGUUCCGGAGAAUCUAAGGCGAAAUGGAAAAUAUGCAAUUCACAGGUGAGAAGCGGAAGAAUAUAUAGAGCUUCGAUGAAGAGAGUUGGGUUUACUCGCUCAAGUUCUUCCAGGGGCUCAUCCUCGCAUUUUUACUGCAUACUCCCAUCCCGUCACAUUUGAGCAAAAAAACAGUUCAAACUUAAUUACAGAUUAACCUGUUAAACUUUAUAUCGAAAAAAAUACUGUGAGAUAAUGAUAAUACUUUUUCAAAGAAUAAAAUAAAUUCCCUUUGAGCACAAUUCAAACAGAUUUCUUAUCACCACUAAAAGCUUUUGCCAUAUGAUACUAUUAAUGUUCAUAACCGGCUACAAUUAUGAAGAAAGAAGAAAACUUUGAAAUGAAGGAAGCACACCCUACUAAACUCAGCGGAAUUGCCAGCAACAUACUAAUACGCAGAGCUAUAUCACCCUGGCAGAUCCCUGAUCUAUACGCAUGUCAAGAAAUGUUUUACAGUUACCAGCCAACAGUUAGCACAUGUGUUCUUUGUGAGCUGGCGCUUAUGAUUAAAGAAGAAGUGCUUUACACUAUCGCUAACUGGCUCCUAAAUACGAUUUUAAGUUCAACUCUCCAGGUGCCAGACUAAGCGCUAUGCCGUAUUGAUGAGCUCUGGUGACAAUGAUAAUAAUAUUAUUGUUAUUGCUUUUUGGUUUCCACUGCUAGAGUGAUGUGGCCAGUAUGAGGCGGUUGACUCCAUGUAUAAGGAACUUCAUACCUUAGGAUUUGGUAGUGUGUCGAUCCUUCCCUGCUGUUUAAGUCUUGCCUCGGUCACUUCAUUUGAUCUUUUUAAGGCAGUCACACUUCUUGCCAGUCUGAACAGAGAUCGUUUUAGAAAUACUUGAUUUUAAACCCACUGUCUAGCCACUCGUACUGUUCACAUCGUAGACUUCUACUGCAUGAAUUUUUCUAAACAAUGGAUACUCCGAAACGUUUUGUUUAUUCAUGUCAUCAUUAUUUGUGUUGGUAACAAAUAAUUUGGAAUGACUGUGAUUUUAGAAUGAAUGUCCACUGCCGUCCUUCCGAGAUGUACAGUGCAAGAAAAUAGACCCUAAUUAUCCACGAGCACUCUACUAUGAAAGUAAGUCUCUGUUUUAUGUAUCACUAUCGGAAGUCGUUUUAAAUUUAUCUAGUGAAAUAGCGUUCUGAUUCAACUUUUCCCGAUCAUAAGCGCACUUAAACAAGGGAUUCACAACUUUUUUUAACAAAUAGUCAAGGUCAGCUUCUUUAAGAGACCUUUUUAGCUUUUAUAUUUUGUUUUCCAAUUCAAACCACGUGCUGUUCUCAAAAGAUUUUACCCUUUGUCUUUUCAUAAAUUAUGCAGGUACAUGCACGUGCAGGACGACAUUUUGAAAAAAAGAGUUCUCUGGGGCACCGUCACGUGGUCUAAAAUGGGACAACAAAACAUACAUGCUAAAAAGGUCUAUUCUCAUCAUUGUGCGAAAAAAAUUGUUCCUUACAGAUGCUUGUUACCUCGCCUGCAGCAAUGGAUGGGAAGUCAACUAUUAUGGUUGGCAAACAACCGACGGCGAUCGCUGCUAUAAUCGUGCUGAUAAUUUCGACAUCUGCAUUGAAGGGAAAUGUCGGGUAAGACACUGAAGCUUUCUUUCUGUGGUUUGAUCUUCUUUGACCCCAUUUAGGGUGUUUCGGGGCUCACUUUUUUAAGAUCACCAGCUUAGUCAAUUUUCCUUAAAGUUAUAGACUCUCUUGGUAUAGUUAUUAGGGGGCACUCUAUUUAAUAGGGGGCAGGGUCCUUGCUGACACCGCCGCCUUCGUACUCCGUUAAACCCCCUAUAAUAUUCAUUUCAAGGUCGUGGGCUGCGAUCAUGUUUUGGAAUCUGGAAAAAGAAAAGAUCGCUGUGGAAUUUGCGAUGGAAAAGGAGAAUCGUGUAUACUUGAAAAGUCCUCUUACACUAGAGAAUACUGGAGAUAUGGUAAGCCAUUAUCUAGUAACAUGGUGGGUGGACACUACUGAGGUCCCGUCCACGCGUAUCCGGAUAUUUUUUAACCCGCAACUCUGCAACUUUUUUGCUGAUACGGCUCAAGUCCACAAGUAUCCGGUGAAUCUGGCAUACGAAUCGGCAACUUUUUGAAAGUGGAUUUUUUGAAUACGCUAUGAAUCCGGAAUUGUCUAGGCGCUAAAUCCGGAUAUUUUUUAUCCGGUGACAAAGCAAGAUCGAGCCCAGUUCUUUACCGUUAAUAAUCUAUUCAAAAUGGCAACCUCGACGCAUGCUCUGAGGCCAAUAUUCCCAGAGAAGUCCUGGGUACGAGAGUGAAUCCAGAUACGUGUUGGAUACGUGUGGACGGGCAAAUUCGAUUCGAAUACGGAUACUUGUGGACGUGGAAAUGUUUGAAUCCAGAGAGAAAAAGCUGUGGAUUCAAACAUAUCCGGAUACGUGUGGAGGGAGCCUGAGAAAUAUCACAUGUAACAUUUCAAUAAAUCCGUCACCGGUUACUGUUAAGUAUCAGCGGAUUUCUACGAAAACGUGAAGUGAUUUAACUUCCUCUCGUUCAUGGUAUGCUUUAGCGAAUAACCUUAGCAACUUGUCGCUAAUAAUCCGUGUUUGUGAUCGAGUUUAGAAUGCAAAGCGGGGGUGAAAAUAGGUAGAAGAUUUAUGUUCAAGCGUGGAAAAAAAAACAGCAAGUAAAAAAUUAGUGUUUUGGGUAUGCACAUAUAAGAACGGACGCCGGUUGCUGAGGAAAGUUGUGCCAAAUGACCCUAUUCAGCCGGACGUAUACAUAAGCCUAACACAUCUUCUGAGCUCUUCUAGAUCACUAAACACCAUAAUGAGGAUAAAUACAAAAGCUCAGUUUCCAUGUAAAAGAUAUAUUAUCACAGUUUUAGCUUUCAAAAAAGAAGCCGAACAAUUCAGGGUUAAUUUACCUAAUUUGAUUAUUUAUAGGAUUUGAUAAGCCAGGGACAAUUGUGGUACUUCCUGUUGGAGCAGCAAACGUCAGGUUUAAACAGAAGCAGAAAUCCUACAAUGUGUUGGGUAUGUUCACCCAGUUAAUCGUAUACUUGUAAAUAGCUAGUGUCACUUAAAACUUAUUACAGUGCAUUUUUCCACUACCUUUGUCCUUUGACGAAGUUUUUGAUAGAUUUUUGACAACGUUGACGGGCUUCAUCAUGAUAUCACAGAACCGAGCAAGCUCCGGGGUGUACUUACUGUGUUGGGAGGCCGAUUCAGAGAAGUAUAGAUUGAUAUCUUUCAAAUCAACGACUCGGCAAAACAAAACAUCCAGGAUUUUACUGAAACUCAUUAAAGUUUGAAAAAAAUUGGGGAAACAUAUUAUGAAGACGACGUCAAAAACUUUAUAGAGUGUUAUCGGCAGUAGUAUCUUCACUGUGAUGGGUCAUCACAGUCCGCUAUGUUUUCCGUGUUAUUAUUGAGCUGUUGAGAGAAAACUCGGUAGGAAGAGUACGAAGUAUCUAACUUUCUAUCAAAGUCCAGCUCUCAGUUUUCACCUACAAUAGAAGUGAAAUCAAGAUAACGGCUGAAACUCCAAAAAAUCGCAUGGACAAAUGAGCGUCUUUGAGCACCUUAGAAGCGAGUUCUUGCCUGGUACAGUCAUCUGGUAACUAUGAGGUUGUUUCUUGCUGAUAUAGUCGAACCUCCCUAACGCGACAAUCCAAAAUGUAUCCUGCGUAGCAGGUUCUGGUUAUUUAUUAUGACUAUUUUUUUCCUACAGGCCGCGCGAGCCGAACACACCUCUUCUUUUCUCCGCACGCGCGUCCUCGAGAUUUUCUUCCAUCGCCCUAAAAAAAACAGCGCCUACUACGCACGCUACCCAUCAUAAGAAGACUUAGCGGUCUCUGACAAGAAAAGAAACACAGGGAAUCUUUUCUGAGGGGAUGUCCGGAUCGUCUUAGGGAUAAACAAAAUUAAGAUAUGUUUGUUGAGCUGUUGUUGGGCUCGCAAUGGAAAUGAUCUUGGCUUGUCACUGCCACGCACUGUGGGCUGGUUCAGUGGUCGAACUUGUUAAACCAGCUAGUUAAGGCAUCUGACCUAUAAAACCAGGUUCAAUUCUUGGAUGAAUCACUCACUUAAGGAUUAGUGGUGUUACAUAAGUGAAAUUCAUACUAACACAUUGAAAUCGUGAGGUAGUGCUACAUCAACCUCAUUUCCAGGGGCCCGUUUCUCGAAAGUCCCGAUAAUUAACGGGCCGGUAAGCUGUCUCCGUUUACAUUAAAGACCGAGGUUUCAACAGUUUUGCAUCUAACACGAUAAAACUGUCAGUUAAUGAAACAAAAUGGAGUAGUUUUGCUAUCCAGGACCCACGCUCUUAUUCUUUAUAUUUCGAUUUGAAUAUUUGAUUUCGGGCAUGUAAAGUUACCGGGACUUUCGAGAAACGGACCCCAGGGCCUUUCCCUUUAUCCGCCUCUCCUGGCCAUUGUCUAAGGGAAAAGCCCUCUGGACGAGGCUGGUGCUACAUUUGUUUUGUUGUUGUUGUUGUGUUUUUUGUUAUUUUUGUUUUUGUUUUUUAUCUCAUCCACAAGGUAUCCAAGACAAUUCCACUGGCGAAUACAUUAUAACUCAUCCAACCUGGAGUAAAGUAGUACAUUACAAUGGAACGCGAAUUGCAUACAUACAUGAGGAUAACAAGUACGAUGAUAAAAUAAAAAUAGACGGGCCAACAACACUUCCCCUCCGAGUGGUGGUAAGUUAUUUUUGAAGUAAGCCUUGAAAGUAGAUAGUGGGACACUGUGUGUUAGUUCGCACACCAAAUAGACCUGCAAGCAUAUCCGCGAGCGUCACGGAGAGUCACAUGCUGUAUCUAUGCAAAGGGUUGAUUAUCAAUAGCACGAUAAUUUGUGUCUUGACUGAAUGGCAGGAUAAGAUGUGAAGACUCAGAAAUUGUUAAAGACUACUUUAAAGAAAAAACGGGAACGUCCAUAAAGUAAAACUAAUCCAAUAACAACUUAAGUGUGACUUACAUCUUUUCACCGGGUGGGGAGCAUUAUGUGAAAGGGGUAUGUGCGUGUAUACUUGCUGCUUCAUUUGGGAGAGUGAGGGUGGAUUUCCAUUGUCGCGUAAUUUUUAUGUACGUAGGCACGUAAAUUGAUUUGCACAUGCGUAAAUAAAUAUAGAGGCAAUGAAUGGAAGGUCGCGCAUCCCCCUCCCUCCAUCCAACUAUUUACAAGUCACGCCCAGCUUACCUAACUCUGCGAAAAGGACAGACAGCUAGUAACAACAUUCACUGUAACCGCACAGUUCAUGCAUGCAUGUUUAUCUUUUUACCUCGCUUUCAGUUUGUUUUCCUCUACGAGAGAAACGGAGGAGUAGACUUUCAGUAUUAUCGGCCUUUAAUGUCAAACGAAACUCCACAAACUGUUCCCUCAGAGUGGAGGCCAGGGGAGUGGUCUCCAUGCUCAAUGACAUGUGGACAAGGUAACGUUUCUGUUAUACGCAUAUUCCUUUAGAGAUGGGCGGUGUGCUGCUGUCCGUUGAAAAGCGCCCAAAUGAGGUCUGAAUCUCCAUAGUUGCGCCGUCAAAUCUUUGUUAUAUUUUAUCCUUUGUCAUGAUAAUUACAGCCAAUCAAAGGGCUGGAAAGCCGUUACAUAUUUUUUGGUAUCCCGAGAGUUGUAUCCAACGGUGCAUGUCUUUCCAAGGAUGUUAGCUGAUCGUAGGCCUCUAUUACCAGCCGUUGUUCGGGGAAAUGACCCUGAGAUCUUCCCCUAAACAGUCUCAGUCUUCUCGGUGAGGACCGAAAUAGCGGCAGAAAAACGAGGAGUGGUCAGUGCGUGGUCCCACGUUAGCAUCACGUGAUGAAAACACAGGACACCAGGAUGCACUGACAUGAUAUGGGUCAUGCAGUUCAUAUCCACGUAUUAUCCACCCCCCGCAGCUCAGCUCAGUUGGAUCUUACUACGUAAUUCGUGCAUAUUCUAUCAAAGACCAUAACUAGCUUUCUUAAAGAAUUUUAAUGGAUAAUUAAAAAUCAGCUUUUACUUAACAUAUCCACCCCAUGAAAAUCUUUACAUUAGCGAACAAUUCUUGCAAGGACCAGUUUGACAAACAGCAGCGAGGGAAAGCCGGAUCCUGGUGUAGAUCACGAUCGGCAAUAUAGAAUAACACUUAAAAAUGAAGGGCAAAUAAAUUACCAAUCCUUAGCAGUCCGAUCAGCCUUGCCUUCAAUUUUAAACCUUCAAAUGUUAACAGAUUUAUUUGCGUCAUGUUCUAGGCGUUUCAACGCGAGUCCUGAGCUGUGUUCGAAGUGAUGAUGGAACUCCCGCCUCGGUUGAUUCCUGUCCAAAACUGGUUAAACCUGAAACACAGAAACCGUGUAACAACAACCAGAGCUGUUCUCCUGAGUGAGAAUUUAUUUUUAUGUCAUUGGUUUUCAACUUCUUAUGACCUGUGCCACCUGGCGUCUGCAAUAUUAAUUGUGCAAAGCAUGUUUUCCUCGACGUGGCUGCUCGCUGGCGUAAAAUAACCCACAGCAUUUAGAAUGCGGCUACAAAACGUACGAGGGACGAUUUAACCUUGGCCAGCAGUUAAAUUUAAAAUGAAUCCAGUUAAGAGAGUUAAAAUACGCCGUUGAGUAUCCCGAACAUAGAUGAAAUAUAAUUGAUGAAAGUUAUUGCAUCCAAUAUUUCAAUUGGUACAGAACUAGCGAUAAAAAUUAUUGCCCACAAACGUUGAAGGCAAAAAAUUAAGGAUGGACAAAUGAUACAGUUUAGUCAUUGGGCGCAGGUGUUGCACUGGGUGUCCAGUUGUCUUGUCUGUACAUAUAAAGAAUAGAUACUGCCACUCAUGAGAAAUGCAUAAUAAAAUAGCACAGGUUUAACUUGAAUGAGCUUCUUCAAAUAUUUUUUCUGUUCAAACAGUGUCAAUUGUAUGAAAAAUGAAGAACAAAGAGAACUUUUAAUGAGUUUAGCUGUAAAGAUGAAUCUGGAUUCUCUAGAGUCACAUGAAUAGCUUUUUAUUCAUGUGUGAUGGUAUACAUCUAUCCUGCGCUGUUAGGGAAACAUUUCCGGUCUUAUCCGUGUAAAAAGAAAGAAUCUUGCUUGGUAGAGAUGCCCAAUUUGACAACGAUUAAGUUGUGGUAUUGAAAAGGGAAGUGUGGUUACAUUCAAUGUCGUUAAUAUACCAGUCAAUUCCAAAACCGUCCAUCCCCAUAUUCGGGGCAUUUGACUGGCGUUUUGCUCCGUACAGUGCGGAGUUUGACCCAAAAUGACGCCCGCCCAGUCGUGUAUUUAACUUUCGUGUCAAAACGCUUGUCAGUGUCGCAAGCAAAAGGAUUUCGUAAUUCUUUCCCCAUUCAACAUGUGCACGGCGCGUUAACGGGUCAUUGCUCCUAUUUACUGUUUUGUUGGAGCAUUUGUGAGCCUUUGAAAAGCCCGUUAAAUGUGGACUUUCUGGAAUGAACAAUUCUUUUGAAGUGAACAAACCUCCGUAAGACAGACUUUUCAUAUUUCGGUUGUGUUUAAUAGGAUAUUUACAUUCGAUUAAACGGUUUGAGGCAUGGGAACAUUUUUGAAUAGUCACUGGUGGGUGGGGGAUUUGACGCUCUUUGAAGCGCUAGCCGGUGGGGCAUUUGACCAUCUAAAUUGCCAACAUACCGGGGAAUUUGACCAAAAUUUUUCAAAAAAGUCAAACGUCCCGUUCUUUGCUCGGGGGCGUAUGGACGUUUUUGGAAUUCACUGGUAUACUUUACGAGGACCAAGUAUCACAACACAGAAUAUCACCGAACUGGUGCUUUUGCCUGCCGUUUAAAUAUGUUAUUCGUUCAACAGAUGGCAUCUUACAGACUGGAGCGAAUGCAGCAGAACGUGUGGAAAUGGUAGCCAUUUCAGACUUCUUUACUGUCGAAGACAAAUCAAUGAAUUACGUUUCGAGAAAGUUGAUGAUUCGUUAUGCCAAAUGAGUGCUAAACCCAACGAGACCCUUCGGCAACGAUGCAAUGAAAUAUGGUGUCCAGCUGAAUGGAGGCCUUUGCCGUGGAAUGAGGUAACGUGUGGAUUUUAUUUGAACAUUAAGUACAUUGAUACACCCUUUUUCAAUUUAAAUUCAUACAAGUACACUUAGUUCUUUAUGGUACCUGGUCAAGACGACCGAAAGCCAUCAAGCCUGACGUAAUGUUGCCCGACUUUAAGAGUUGCCGGUAUUUCACCCAGUUUUAUGUUCAGGCACGCUGCCAUGUGGCGUAAAAGGUAUGUUUUUGUUGAUCAGAAAACCACCUUGUUUGAUCACUUAGGAGAGAUAGCCUUAAUGGAAUAUUGAAUGAUGCGUAAUGUUGCUUGUUUAUGGUAGUGUUCUUCGACGUGCAGUGGUGGAGUGAUGACGAGGAAGCUACAGUGCAUCCAAAAGAACGAACUUGGAAACUAUGUGGUUGUCGCAAAAGAAGUUUGCCGAUAUGCAAUGAAGCCUGGAACUGUGAUGGGCUGUAACGACGACAUACCCUGUGAUCGUAUGUGCAAUUAUAUCGUUCUAUGGAUAACCGGUCAAGUCACCUAUAAAGUCAUGGCGCUAGAAACCAGAGUUAUGUCGCCCAAUACGUAUAGUCAAGUCACCCGAAAUAUUAUCAGGUGUAAUGGAAUAAAUGCGCAGAAAAUAAAGUUUCUUGUAGUAUAUCAUGUUCCUUAAGCUAUCAUGAGACCUAACAAGUGGGAUAAAUGUGUCAUCAGAGGCGCGACUGAGCAUGAUCACAUUUUGCGCGAGAUAACUCAACAUUUCGGGCGACGUAACUUCGGGUGAGAUGACUAUCGGGCGACCUGAGGGAAACUGUUCUAUCAUUGAGCAGUAUGUUGCGUUCUUUUAAAAUUUCUAGACAAGAAUAACGAUGCAGAAUUUUGCAACUCAGUAAACACAUAAAUCAGAAAAAAGCAAAAGGUUCUUGUAAAAGCCAAUAAAGAUUUCUUUUUACCCUAGUUUUUCGUUCAGACUUUCCUUUUUGCCUUGCCUUCUCUUUGGAGAAAACUCAUAAGGGACGCAAGGAAAGAUUCUCUCUUCAAGAGUUAACGAUCGUAAUUUCUUUUGUUCAUGUUGAUGUAGCUAGGCCAUGGAAAGUAUAACUCUUGUCCAACAGUUCGGUUCAACAGGUUUUAGGAUAUGUAUUGACUAUCAAAGACUAGAUCCUGGCUUGAUCUCAUGGGCUUAACUUAAUGAAAUUAAACUAAUGGCUGCGAUCAGUUGUUUCGCGGAUUUCACGAAGUAGUUUAUUGUUACCAUUUUCGGUUCAUUGAUUCAAAGUGCACUUUUUUGUCAUGAUAUUAUUGACGUUAUAGACUGGACUAUUAAUUCAAAAAGUAUUCUCUGACAACUCAAUAAAAUUUCAUCUCCAAAAAUACAGUCAAAAACAUCGCUCACUACACUACUUGUGCUUGAAGAUGCUGUCACUGGCUGCUUUGCAAUAUAUUUUGUUAAUAAUACCAGUUAUGCGUCCUUAUUAGCUAUGAAACUUGAGAAAUUACUUGUGAAUCACAAAAUCACAGUGUUUGUGAAAGGAAUAUAUCUACCAAACAUUAUAUCAAAAGUAACAAACAACAAAAAUGAGCUUUGAAAAAGUGUUAGCCUAACAAGUCUUCAAAAAUCUCAACUUGCAAUCCGCUUCAGUCUUCUUCAAAUUUGUCCAUCCGUGUUUCCUUUUGUACGUAUUUGCUGUGUUACUUAAACUUCCUUUUAACGUUUUGAGGGGUUAUUUUUAUGGUUCACUCAAUUUUGUGACAGUUUUCACUGUUUGAAGUUUGACAAAUUUCGUGACACGGCUCCUUUAACAUCUGAUUUUAUGUGCGCAUUGUUUUCUCUUAAUCAAGCUCCCCCCGAAAUCCAAGUGGCAUGUUUUGUUGGUUCUGAUCAUUUCAAGGAGAUACUCGGCGACUUUACUAACAAAAUCAACUGGAACAACACAAAUGAGGUCGCCAAAAAGUGCGCUAAGCUGGCUUACGCUAAUGGUUACACACUCUUCGCGCUGGGCAAGAAUGGACUGUGUCUAUCUGGAGCUGACAUGAAACAGAAAUACUAUACCUAUGGUACCUAUAGAGCGAAAUGUAGAGAUGGUAUCGGAAUUUCUUGGAACAGCAUGUUCGUUUAUUCUUUAGGUAAGCAGUGCAUUCUUUGGUUUUAAUUAUUUUUUGCCACUAAAACGUGAAGAAUUAGUACAGGUAAUCACAUGAUUUCGAGUGCAAUUAGGAAUAAAUAAGCACGAGUAAAUUUUUUCAAAGACUAACAAAAUUGCACGAGCCCACAGGGCGAGUACAAUUUGUGGUCUUUGAAAAAAUUUACGAGUGUUUAUUUAUUCCAAAUUGCACGAGAAAAAUAAUGUGAUUACUUAUUAAUAAUACCCAUGAAAAAAUUGCGAGAUAACUUUAAAAUCGCUUUGAUAAGGAGUCAACACGCGUAAACUACGUGAAAAAAUAAAUUAUUCAAAUGCUGCAAAUAUCAUCACACGUGCAGUCAAAACAACAUUUUACUCGAUGUUUUUAAAGUUUGCAAGCUGCAGAAACGGGCUUAACAGUUCAUGGAAUUGUUCAAUGUGUUUGAAUGAAAGAUUCUGGGUUAUUACCUCGAGUUUUCCGCUCCUCCAGAGAAUUUCUUCUUCCCCCUCUGAUACUUGCCGAACUUUGUUUGGGCGCUUACCAUGGCCAGCCAAGGGAAGCUGUUUCGCUUUGUCCUCCAACACCUCUUUGGACGAACUAAAUUCUCCGUCACGUACAAUGGACAGGGUGCAGCCUAUGUUCCUUAAGUGUCUAUCAAGCGAUGCCAUCAUUACUUUAAGGCUUUCUGGUUCAUAAUCUUCACCUUCCUUAUUGUUUGUCUUCGGCGUAGAAAUGCUCGAGCAAAGUGUUAAGCUCAGCCGGCUCAUAAUUUUCUAUUUUAUCAGUACAAUGUAACUGCAUUUGUAUUUGCUCUAGUUACAUCGCUUUACAUCACAGAAAAUGAUUUUAGUUUUUUCAGUCAUGUGCCAGGGGCGUAGCGUGAGAUUUUGAAUGUGUACGCACGGGAAGAAAAGUAAGAGCGCCGAACGCGCUCCAAACUAGGGGGCUCUAGGGUUAUGCUCCACCAGAAAUUUCUGAAUUUACGGUCUCCGGAAUGUCAUUUCCUGCACUUUCCACCAGACAUUUUCAAUAAAUAUAGACGAGGGAAAGUGCAUAAGCUUACCCACCUGUAGUGUUAUCGGUAUUGCUGGUUUGCACGUGACGUCAAAGUGGCCAUGUUGGUGGUCAAGAACAAAAGUAUUUCUCUCCUCUGGGAACUAAACUCUAUUUUCACGUAAAUUAUUCGAGGAAAUGUUCUUUUGUUUUGACCCCCAACAUGGCCGCCUUGUCACGUGGUUGCAAACCAAGAAUUAAAGGUAUGGUGUUCACGGGGAAAGGGUAAAACAGUGACGCCAUAAAGUACUGGUUACAAGCAAAGACGCUGAUAUAAUGCGAAAAAUUUAACCGUCAUCCCGAUUUAAUGAUGAAAAUGCUUUCAAGAUAUAAUGCAAAAAUUUUUUCCAGAUUUCAGCUGUGCAUGUACGCACGGACGUAUGUGCGUUUAUGAACGCUACGCUCCUGUGUGCGUAUGUGUAAUGAGUGUUGCAGCUCCAAGCUAAAGCAUAAUGUGACACAAACAAUAGUGCAAUCAAAUAAGAAAGACAGAACCGCACUCUAAACCAAUCAACGUAUGACUAGGAUCAAGAAUUGGGAUUGGACCUGACUGGUCUACUCAUCCUCGUCAACUUCUAACUACGUCAAUCUUAGUGGUUUUCAUUAGAUCGUCGAAGUGAAAAGCGAAUUAAAAACUCUGCUUUCCAAAAUAAACACCGUGGGUUUGAUUUCGCUCCGUCUCCUCCUAAUUCACAUAUGGAAACAAACGAACGAAUCUCAGUGGUAACAUUUUUUUUUUCACAGAACCUAUGCCAAAUCCUGAGCCAGUUGGUUGUUUUUGGGAUUAUUUCGAUCGAGCUCUUCCCGAUCAUUACACAAACUUCCGAGAUCAGAUCAUGUGGAAGAACAUGAACUUGACUGUUAACCAGUGUGCUCGAGUGGCCCAGGACAAAGGCUAUGAAUAUUUCGCUGUUCAGUACUACGGCGAGUGUUACGGUGGAAAGAACGCCGAAAACACGUACAACAAAUAUGGGAAAAGUACCUAUUGCUGGGAGUUUGACAAACAAAACGGUUUUGGGGUCGGAAGAGGCCUGGCAAACUUCGUUUAUCGGAUAAAUCAGGUUAGUAGCAGG